AUGGCCAUGCGUAUCUCGCCAACCUCUGCACCUUCAUUGCUUCCUUCCCGUCGAACUCGAAAUUCUCCUGCCGUCAUCCACCUCCAUCGAAAACCAAAAAUUGGAAACGAACUCUCUUCAUCUGCCUUCCGUCCUCACGUCCUCGCACGUGACCGCCUCCGUUUAUGGUCUGCACCUCACUCAGAUUCGUUUCGCCUUUCAAUCUUGGAACAGUUACCUUUGGAGGACAUAUUGCAGCUUUUUGACGUCAUGUUGGUCUCUAUCGAGCCAAAAACGAGAGAGAACUACGGUGCUGGCUUAUUACAAUUCCACCAAUAUUGUGAUUCAAGGCACAUACCGGAAGCUCGUCGCAUGCCUGCAUCUGAUUUUCUCCUCGCUUCUUUCAUCGCAUCUUGGGCCGGAAAGGUCGCAGCCAUGACAGCACAAAAUUGGCUAGCCAGCUUACAUUUCUGGCAUAAUCUCCACGGUGCUCCGUGGUUUGGACACAGCAUCCUUCGUUUGGCCACUGCUGGUCUUGCCAAAGUCGUCCCUGACUCCCUCGAUCUCUCUAAUGCCUUUGACGCAUCUGUUUUUGCCGUUGCAUGUACAGCCUUCUGGUCUUGCUGCAGGCUCGGCGAACUCAUUCUUGUUAGUACUAGCUCCUUUGACCCUGCUUGUCACGUUUCUCGAUCCUCCUCCUUCACCCGUUGCUCGCCUUCAGACGGUGUCAAAUAUUCUGUCCUACAAAUCCCGUGGACAAAAACUUCGCAUAUCGAAGGAGCAGACGUUAUUAUCUCUAAUCUAGACGACAUCACAAACGCAUUCACGGCCAUCAACCACCAUCUCGCAGCCAAUAUCACCGUUCCCAUGGACGCACCGUUUUUCGCAUAUGAGACUGCGGGUGGUGGAUGGGCAGCAAUGACAAAACCUUGGUUCCUGGCGCGUUGCAAUCAGAUUUGGAGAUCAGCCAAUUUGUUAGAACUCACCAGUCACUGCUUCCGCAUUGGAGUACCACCAGACGUCGUGGCUGUCCAAGGCCGCUGGAAAUCACGAGCCUUUUUAGAAUACUGGCGAAAAAUAGAAUCAAUCUUACCACUUUUUGUUACAGCAUCAUUCUCAGAUUCACGUACGGCUAUGAUUAAUUCGUCAAUGGACUCAUACGCACGUCGUUAUAGCUAA